AGUUUCACUUGUCUUGAACUUUAUAGUGGAAACAACUGUCACUGAGCUGAGGUAUUCGUCUUUAUUUCUCUAGUGCUUUUACACUGUGGAUUGUGUCAAAGCUGCUUAACAUAGAAGUUCUAGUAAAUUGAAAUUACCUCAGUCCAGAUUGGUGGAUCAGCAUCUGUUUCUUUAUGAGGAAAAGCAGUAAAAAUGAAGUUUGUCUUCAGUGUGCUUGCAGUGUUGUUGUGUUUUCUCAACAAUGAUAUGACUGGUGUUUAUGCAGAUGCUGUCUUGGUGUCAGUGACGGUUGGAGAUUCAGUCACUCUACACACUGCUGGUGUUAAAAAUCUACAGCCUGCAGACGUUAAAUGGUAUUUUAACGACAUCCGCAUCGCUCAACUUGAUGGAGAUCUCCGUUUUAACUGUACUGAUAUUCAGUGUAAUGACCGCACUGAGAUAUUCAUAGACAGACUGAGGCUAGACCGUAAGACUGGAGCUCUGACCAUCGUGAACAUCACAAACACACACUCUGGGGUUUAUCAACUGGUGGUUAUUGGGGGUGGGGGAACCAUCUUUAACGUUACUGUCCAUGAUGAUCCUGCUACUCAUUAUAAUAAAGUAAAGAAAAACCAGGGAGAGUCUGUCACUUUUAAUCCUGGCGUAAGAAGAGACCAGAUUGUUGAGCUGAAGUGUUUGCUUAAUAACACUCUCAUCGCUGAAAUCUCUGUAAAUCAGAGUCAGAUCUGCGCUGAUGUUCAGUGUAAAGAGAGAUUCACGGACCGACUGAAACUGGACAAUGAAUCUGCAUCUCUGACCAUCACGAAAACCAGCAUCAAAGACUCUGGAAAUUAUAAAUUAGUGAUUUUAAUCAGCAGCGACAGACGCUUCAGCAUCACCAGAGAGAAGAGAUUCAGUCUUACUGUCACUUCUCUUUCGCCUUCACAGCUGUCUGGAGGUGCAAUAGCAGGAAUAGUUGUUAUGCUGUUGUUGCUGCUGUGAUUUAUCGUCUUCACCACAAAUGAUGGAGCAGCAGCACAGAUUUUUCCCAACAGAAAGGCGGUGAUGCUGGUGAUCGUAGUAGCAUUCUUUUGAGCGAGAGGAGAGAUUCUUAAAUAAGACUCAGGCUGCCAAUAAAACAAUGCAGCAACACAUACUGAAAGAGAGACUGGAGAGGAUACGCUAUUAGAGAAUUGUGAAGAAAGUGUGCUAAAUAAGAAUAGCUUUGGGUUGGAGGAGGUGUUGAAAAGGAUCAGUGGAGGAUCAGCUCUGCUGGAGUGAGAAGGUGAAUGAGCUUCAUCUUGUUGACAGGACAAUUCCUCAACACAGACACCUGUGGCCUUUAAUACACACUUUAAUAUUCCCUAUAGGUGAUUUAGACGAAUUUGAUUAUGAUUAAGUUGAUUUUGCUUAGGUUGGCACCAGUUUGUCUCAGUAUAAAGUUUGCUGGAACAAUUUAAAUUACAUAAACAUGUAAUAAUUUUGUGUGUGUGUGUGUUAAAAUGUUUUUUGUGUGUACUUUACACUUGAUUUCCAUAAAAAAUGUAUUCUUUACAGUACAGUUUACUUCUAGCAGUGUUUAAAUGUUUUUACCUUGUAGUCUGUUGGCUUAUUAAGCUUGCUCCAAACACGACUUUAACCUUUGCUGUUGUCUGUCAGUAUUCAGUUUUAUAAUUACUUUUUUUGAUUAAACUCUACAGUUUAAUUAAAUGAC